CUCGGCACCAUGGGUGGCAAGAAAGUGUGCAUCGUGGGCUCUGGCAACUGGGGCUCGGCCAUCGCCAAGAUCGCCGGCAGCAACACAGCUCGGCUGAGCAGCUUCGAGAGCCAGGUGAACAUGUGGGUGCUGGAGGAGGAGGUGGGCGGCCGGCGGCUCACGGACAUCAUCAACACGGAGCACGAGAAUGUCAAGUACCUGCCGGGGCACAAGCUGCCCCCCAACGUGGUGGCAGAGCCAGACCUGCUCAAAGCCUGUGCAGGGGCUGAUGUCCUCCUGUUCGUGGUGCCUCACCAGUUCAUCGGCAAAGUCUGUGACCAGCUCAAGGGCCACGUGAAGAAAGAGGCCAUUGGGAUGUCACUCAUCAAGGGCGUGGAUGAAGGACCAGAUGGGCUGAGGCUGAUCUCAGACAUCAUCCAUGAGAAACUGGGAAUAGAAAUGAACGUGCUCAUGGGGGCCAAUAUUGCCAGUGAAGUGGCAGAAGAGAAGUUCUGUGAAACCACCAUCGGCUGCAAGAACAUGAAGCAUGGGCAGAUGCUGAAGGACCUGAUGCAGACCCCCAACUUCCGUGUGUCGGUGGUGCAGGAAGCUGACACUGUAGAGAUCUGUGGGGCUCUCAAGAAUGUGGUGGCUGUAGGAGCUGGUUUCUGUGAUGGGCUUGGCUACGGUGACAACACAAAGGCUGCCGUGAUCCGCCUGGGCCUGAUGGAGAUGAUUGGCUUUGCCAAACUCUUCUGUAAGGGUCCCGUCACCUCCUCCACCUUCCUGGAGAGCUGUGGUGUUGCUGACCUCAUCACCACCUGCUAUGGGGGUCGCAACCGCAAGGUCGCCGAGGCUUUUGCCAAGACUGGGAAGUCCAUCGAGCAGCUGGAGAAGGAGAUGCUGAAUGGGCAGAAGCUGCAGGGUCCCCAGACAUCUGCUGAGCUGCAUCGAAUCCUCAAGAGCAAGAAUGCAGUGGAGAAGUUCCCCCUCUUCACUGCUGUGUAUCGGGUCUGCUACGAGGGAAAACCUGUCACUGACUUCAUCACGUGUCUCCAGAACCACCCUGAGCACAUGUAAGGGGCUCUGCCUGCCGACCACAGAUCCUGCUGAGAUGUGCUGAGAGCUCCUGCCCACACCAACCUGACCUGCUGCCACAGCCUUGGAAGGAGUCCAGGCCUCCGGGGAGUCUUUGUAAACUGCUGGAAGAGCAGAGGUUCCCUUCCCCAGCCCCAGACACUGCCCUGGACACUGAGCCUGGCACAGAGGUACCUGCUGACCUCUUCCUCUCUUGGAAGAACUCGUUUAAUUGCUGCUGCUAAGGUUUGCCCUCAGCAGGGCUGAGAAUCUUCCUCCUUCCACUUCCUCACAGUGGAUUCAGCUCUCGGAAGGAUUCUGCCAGGCCAUCAUGAUAGAUAAGGGCUGGGCACUGUCUGGCAGGGAAAACAGUGUCCCAGGUCCUCCCUCUUAGCCCCAUGGGGCCACUCUGGGUGACAACAGCCUUUCCCUACCUGCUGCUGCUUUUGCAUUCCCUGUCUGGUGGAGAGGGCACAGUCCCCUGCCAGGCUCCACCUGGUGAGUGCAGCUCUCAGGACUUCCAAAGGCACUGAGGAUCUUUUCUAAGCAGCACCAGCACAGACAAUGGCAUUCCUUGCCACCCAGCUACGUGCUGCUUUCCCCCAGCUGCUCCUGCUGACCCAGGGACACUCUGGAGCUUGUUUAUUUAGAGCUUUUGCUCUCGCCAUCAGACCUGGCCCCAGCCCUGGGGAGCUCCCCUGUUGUCACAGGUUUGCCUGUGCUAAUUCCAUGCCCGCUGACUUCUCUCCCUGUCUCAGUUUGACCUCUGGGGCUUGGCACUGCCAGGGACCAACUGCCCCUGAGUCUGUGUGAGCAGCUGGUGUGAUCCCUGCCUUGUACCUGCACAGCAGGCAGGUGGGUCACCACAAGGCACCUGAGUCACAUUGCUGUUAAGUAAUUCCUCCACAGCCACACUUUUCCUUCCUCUGGCUCACUUCAGCCUCUGCUUUAGACUGCUCUGUGCCUCCAUGUGUGGCUGUCCGGGAGCUGAGGAAGGAGGUCUGCUUUCCUUCAUGUGGGGAUGCUGCAAACUGCCCUCUGGCACAGGGGCAGGAACAGGCAUAUGAUCCACAAGAGGUACAUGGAGGUGUCCAGCAUCCCAGGACACAACAGAGGUCUUGGGCCUCACACGGAGCCUUUGAAAUUUGCCCCUUGUCCGGACAGGUGCCGCAUGUCCCUCUGCUCCUCUGAAGCUGGUGGUGUUUGCUCAGGCCAGAGUGUCCAGUGGUCACUAAUCCUGCCUGGCCUGGAAGGCUGGAGCGCUGCAAGGCUCCCUGUUCUCCCCCAUUCAAGUCCCAGAGCCAAGGGGUCUCUGACUAGCAGUGUUCCUUUGAAAUAAUAAUAAACAUGGAGAGGAGAUAGGAGAUGCUCUCCUUGUUCUGUGGCUCCAGUGCAUCACUGUUGCUGGGCUGGUGCCUGCUGGACUUGCUGAGUGCUCAGAACAGGGCACUGCCCGUUCCCUCCUGGCUCUGCACCCCCCUGUGCUGUCCCAGAAACAACAAGAACCUCCCUGUAGGUCCCUGUUUAGCCCCAACGUCACACAGUGUCCCACUUGCUUUGUCUCAGCAACGGUUCCAGGAUUAAAAUUUGGCCGUAGGA